UGGAGAUCUCCUUCUCUCGCUUUCAGCUUUUCUUCUUCACGCCUCGAUCAGAGAUCUAAAGCUCUCCGAGUUUCAGACAACGGAUUCAAUGGAAGCGAAACAAGCUGAAAGAGAAGAAGUAUCAGCGGCACAAGCUGUGUUUGUUGGAGCUCUAGCUCCCGGCGUCAAUGCUCCGACUUGGAACACGUUGAAGAUUGCAUUCUUGUUGCUGGCUGUGUGUCUUGCUACUAUGCUCGGCUUGGCUUUCUCCUCAAGUGACUAUAUGUUGACUCUCCAUGUGACUUUCCUUGUUUUCAUAACUGGGGGCCUUUUCCUGCUUCUUACCAGGUUUCUUGCUGAGACUGGGUUGGUUUCCGUUGAACAUCAAAUGCAGGAAAUAGGCUUAGCACCCAAAGACGAUGAAGAUAAGUGCAAGAAGAGCAGUUGAAGCUCCUCCAUCAACACACGGUUUUACAUGUGAAGUGAUACAUGCUGGAGCAUAUAACAGAAGAAACUACAGUCAAGUUUACAAUUUACACGAAAGCAAACAGAUUAUUGGCAAUGAAAACGAAGGAACCAUCAUUGCCCAUUAUCUACGGCUCUGAGAAAGCUUCAUUUUCCCUUUGGUUCCUUCUCCUUCGAACGGCCCUUUUUCCGCUUGAUGAAGCAGAAACAAGAACAGCAUGGGAGCUGCAGCAUGAACAUGUCUUCUCCUUUGAUGAUUGUGGUUGUUUACAAAUCCCCAGUAUUUAUACAGGGCACCUGCCCUGGGUUUUGUGUUUCUUUGAGUAUUUUAUUGUCAUGUGAUUUUAUUCCAA